CCCAUGCCGCGCUGCGCUGCCAUGGUGAUCUUCAACGGGAUGCUGAAGAUCCGGAUCCGCGAGGCGCUGGACCUCAAGCCCACGGCGUGGUCCCUGCGUCACGCCGUGGGCCCCAAGACCCAGAGCUUCCUGCUGGACACGUACAUCGCCCUGAACGUGGACGACUCGCGCGUGGGCCAGACCUCCACCAAGCAGAGGACCAACAGCCCCGCGUGGAACGACGAGUUCACCACGGAGGUCCACGACGGCCGCCGGAUCGAGCUGUCGGUGUUCCACGACGCGCCGAUCGGCUGCGACGACUUCGUGGCCAACUGCAUCAUCCAGUUCGAGGACAUCCUUCACAACGGGGGCAAGCACUUCGAGGACUGGAUUGACCUGGAGCCCGAGGGAAAGGUGUACGUUGUUAUCGACCUGUCCGGAUCUUCAAGUGAAGCGGGCUCCACCGAGAAUGAGGAGCGCGUGUUCCGGCAGCGGAUGGGACCCAGGAAGCGGCAGGGCGCCGUCCGCCGGAGGGUCCACCAGGUCAACGGGCACAAGUUCAUGGCCACCUACCUGAAGCAGCCCACCUACUGCUCCCACUGCAGGGACUUCAUCUGGGGCGUCUUAGGAAAGCAGGGCUACCAGUGUCAAGUGUGUACCUGCGUGGUCCAUAAGCGCUGCCAUGAGCUCAUCAUCACCAAGUGUGCAGGGAUGAAGAAGCAGGAGGACACGGUGGAGGAGCCGCUGUGUUCUCAGAGGUUCAGCGUCAACGUGCCGCACAAGUUCAGCAUCCACAGCUUCAAAGUCCUCACCUUCUGCGACCACUGCGGGUCCCUGAUCUGGGGUCUGCUGCGACAGGGGCUCCAGUGUAAAGUGUGUAAAGUGAACGUACACAGGCGCUGUGAGAGCAACGUCGCUCCCACCUGCGGCGUGGACGCCAGAGGAAUCGCUAAAGUCCUCGCCGACCUCGGAGUCACGCCGGACAAGAUCUCCAACAGCGCCAACAGGCGGAAAAAGCUGCCUCAGAGCCAGGGCCCCCAGACGACGUCAUCGGAGACGCCCAAGACGGAGGACGACCGCUCCAGGUCCGCCCCCACCUCGCCGUGCGACCAAGACGUGAAGGAGCUGGAGAACAUCCGGAAGGCCCCGUCGUUGGACCACCGCGGCGGAGCGGAGCACAAGACGCACGCCCUCUCCUCCCCGCCGUCCGUCGCCGCGGUGACGGUGGGGGGCGGAGACGGAGACGGAGACGGAGGAGGAGGAGGCGGCGGCGGCGGCGGAGGAGGAGGAGCGGAGGUGGAGGGCAGCCGGGAGAACGGAGAGGUCAAAGGUCACGCGGCGCCCGAACUCAAGAGGAUGAAUUUGCCCGACUUCGUGUUCAUCAAAGUCCUGGGCAAAGGGAGCUUCGGGAAGGUGAUGCUGGCGGAGCUGAAGGGCAGCGACGAGGUUUACGCCGUCAAAGUGCUGAAGAAAGACGUGAUCCUGCAGGACGACGACGUGGACUGCACUCUGACCGAGAAGCGCAUCCUGGCCCUGGCCAGGAAGCACCCGUACCUGACGCAGCUCUUCUGCUGCUUCCAGACCAAAGACCGCUUGUUCUUCGUGAUGGAGUACGUCAACGGAGGCGACCUCAUGUUUCAGAUCCAGCGCUCGAGGAAGUUCGACGAGGCGAGGUCUCGUUUUUACGCCGCCGAGGUCACGUCCGCUCUGAUGUUCCUGCACCGGCACGGAGUCAUCUACAGAGACUUGAAGCUGGACAACAUCCUGCUGGAUGCGGAGGGUCACUGCAAGCUGGCGGACUUCGGGAUGUGCAAAGAGGGCAUCCUCAAUGGAGUCAGCACCACCACCUUCUGUGGGACGCCAGAUUACAUCGCACCCGAGAUCCUUCAAGAGCUGGAUUACGGCCCGUCAGUGGACUGGUGGGCUCUGGGGGUGCUGAUGUAUGAGAUGAUGGCAGGUCAGCCGCCAUUUGAAGCCGAUAAUGAAGACGACCUGUUUGAGUCCAUCCUCCACGACGACGUCCUCUAUCCCGUCUGGCUCAGCAAGGAGGCCGUGUCCAUUCUUAAAGCGUUCAUGACCAAGAGUCCCAACAAGCGUCUGGGCUGUGUGGUGGCUCAGGGUCUGGAGGAGGCCAUUAAGCUCCACGUGUUCUUCAGAGAGAUCGACUGGACGCUGCUGGAGCAGAGGAAGAUCCGACCGCCAUUCAAACCUCGCAUCAAAACCAAAAGGGACGUGAACAACUUUGACCAGGACUUCACACGAGAGGAACCCAACCUGACGCCGGUGGAAGACAACGUCAUCAAGCAGAUCAAUCAGGACGAGUUUAAAGGAUUCUCCUACUGCGGAGACGAGACUGUGGCCUAGACACACACACACACACACACACACACACACAAUCUGACACAGAUAAUGUAACACAUUAAUAUACACCACCACACACCACAGCAAAGAUGUAAUAUUUGAAGAAACGCACGGACCGAGCCCUUCUGAACUUCUUCAGAUUCGGACCGCUCCGGGAAUUAUACUAGACCAUCGGUAUCUCUCUCUCUCUUUAUGGUUUCUGUGCUCUUUGUUGUUUGUCCAUAUUUGCAUAUGCCAUCAAAGUAUAUGAUCGAGCAGCAUGCAAGACUGAAAGAAAUGCCUCUUAUCUUUAGUCCGGAUGUAUUUCUAAUACAUGAGCAAGGUCACGGCCUGUAAGUGUGUGUGUGUGUGUGUGUGUGUGUGCGCGCGAGGUAACGUGAGUGCAAGUGUGCAUGCAUGCAUAGUUGCAUACUGCACCUCUAGAAAGAGCACGACUGUCAUUUCUGCACACGAUGUGCUGUAUCCUGUGUCUAUCUCCGUGUUUAAAGAAUGUUUUUCUUCUUCACUAAACUUGUAUGUGAAUGGAAAACAAAUAUAUAUAUAUAUACAUAUAUAUGUUGAACCAAUGAUUGUAUUUUUAAAAAAAAAGAAAAAAGAAAAUCUUUCAUUAUACAAGCUUCUUUUUUUUCUUCUCUCCUCUCUGAUGUAAUCAUGAUGGAAUUAGAGGUUUCUGUCAGUUUGACGUCCGACAGCCAAGCUGAAGGCGCCCGACUAAAGCGUAACGCUGGCAUCGUGUACUAUGAGUUGUGUCGUUACGGAGGAGGUUACCACACAAGCUGCUGUUCCCCCUGCUCGCUCCACAUUUCAGCUUGUUAGUACCUCUUCAUUCGAAAACCCAAACGGUACCGUUAGCCGUCCGCUACCUUCCAGUAGCUCCCCGCUGGGCGUCCGCCCUGCUGGAGGGAGACGUGCUUUGCAGCGUUAACAAGUGUAACAGACGGCUUCGUGUGUGACAUAAUCGGGACGGUUGUCCAGUGAAGCCAAAUAACUGAAAUCUAAAAAUGUCCUUACUGUUACGGAAACUCUCGUUGCACCUGCUGGAGCAAAAUCCCUCCAGGUCAACUCCUUAAAUCCCUUUCAUGACCACUUGAUUGUGUGUGUGUGUGUGUGUGUGUGUGUGUGCAUCAUGUUGUAUUUUUUUUUUUAUUAUUUAAAAACAUAUUUUUGUCCAUGUUGUUGUGCUGUUUCUUUUUUUACUAGAUCAUUAAUGAAUGAAAUCUGUAGGUUAGGCGAGAGUCACCUGGUGACCACACUCCUCCUCUUCCUCCUCCUCCUCCUCCUCUUCCUCUUCCUCUUCCUCCUCCUCCUCCUGCUCUUUGUGCUGCCCGGAUAUUGGAGGUCCAGUGAGCUCCAGAGGUGUCGGUCCAUGUCACAGGUCAGGUUUAGGACUUUAUAGAAAACGGAAAAAGAAUCCAAACACCUUUCAAGAAGACUCCAUGUGCAAUAGUUUUUUUUUUUAUUUGUUUGUUGAGUUGUUGUUUUUUCUAUUUGUUCCUUCUCUUUCUUUCUUCUCAUCUUCCUCUUGUUUCCCCUCAGGGAGCAACAGAGGAGACGACUUCACAGUUGGUUUAAGGGCACAUGAAUGUGAUCGUUAUUUACAACACAUUUCAAGACACACACACACACACACACACACACACACACACACACACACACAUGGACAGCAUUGCAGACUUGACAUUGUUUUACUGCCGGCCAACUCUUAAAACAUGGAUGAGUCUGCCGUCCAUCUCUUCUCUUUUCUUCUCUUUUCUUAACGUGUCUCGUGUUGCAUCUUUGUUUUUGUCUUUUAAUUCUUCCACUACGGCCCAGAAAUGAUGUUCUUUCCCAGAAGUCCUCCAAUGCAAAAUGACUAAUUAAAUUUUUGAAAUGUUCCACCCCAACAAUCCCUUUGGUGAAGAAUAGAAUCAUGAAGGAAGUUCCCCUUUUCUCUGGUUUUCAGGUAGAAGUUAAAUUGUGUCCUGACGGUUGAUUUCAAACAAUAAAGACAGUAUUAUGAUUUAACUUACAGUAUGAAACAUUCAUCUUCCUGGGCUCAUAUGCAGAAUGUUGCUGUAUGUACAUGUUUCUGUGUUUUGUGGAGCUUUGUUUGUACAACGUUGUCAUCUGAUGUGUUUUUUUAUUUUUUAUUAUGUGCUUCAUUUUGUGUUUAUGUCAAAGUUGUUGUUUUCUUUUCACGCUGCGUGCCAAAUGUACUGUAUUUUAAAAAGGAUGUGAAGAUGUAUUUUAAUUUUUGAAACAAAUUAAAUAUCACA